AUGCGACUUAUCACAAGAUGGAUACCGCUAGCGAACGCAUUGGCCAGCACGAUGCCAGUCCAAGUUGUCGCUUCCAUUGAGAACCCUAGUCUACUGCCGACGCCGCCCAUGGGAUUCAACAAUUGGGCCCGGUUCAUGUGCGACCUGAACGAGACACUAUUUGUCGAGACUACGGAUGCAAUGGCCUCCAAUGGUUUAUUGGAAGCUGGUUACAAUCGUAUCAAUCUUGACGACUGCUGGAUGAACUAUGAUCGCGCGGAAAAUGGAUCACUCGAAUGGAAUGUCACCAAGUUCCCGCGCGGCCUUCCCUGGCUUGGUCAAUAUGUUAAAUCUAAAGGCUUUAACUUCGGCAUCUACGAGGACUCAGGGAACCUGACCUGUGGUGGCUAUCCGGGGUCCGAAGGUUACGAGGAGAUCGACGCGGAGAUAUUUGCGGCAUGGGGCAUCGACUAUCUGAAAUUGGAUGGGUGUAACGUCUAUCCCAAAGAAGGUCGUACUUUGCAGGAAGAGUACAAAUACCUCUACGGCAAUUGGCAUGAGAUACUCAGCAAAAUGCAACAGCCACUGAUAUUCUCCGAAUCGGCACCUGCGUACUUCUCCAUGACCGACAAUUUGACCGAUUGGCAUACGGUCAUGGACUGGGUUCCUGAAUACGGCGAGCUCGCCCGACAUUCAGUUGACAUUCUCGUCUACAGUGGAGAAGGCAGUGCCUGGGAUAGUAUCAUGACAAACUAUAAGUUCAACACGUUAGUCGCUCGGUAUCAACGUCCCGGAUAUUACAACGAUCCUGACUUCCUAAUUGCGGACCAUCCGGGACUGUCACUGGACGAAAAGCGAUCCCAAUUCGCGCUUUGGGCUUCGUUUUCGGCACCCUUGAUUAUUAGUGCACAUAUUCCCGACCUAUCAUCUGAGGAUCUAGAGUACCUAACAAAUCAAGCCUUGAUUGCGGUCGAUCAGGAUCCUCUGGCGCAACAAGCCACACUGGCCAGUCGCGAUGGCUCCCUUGACGUGUUGACGCGGAAUCUUGCCGACGGUUCUAGGUUGGUCACCAUUCUGAACCAUGGUAGCGAGUCCAUCGAAACAGAUAUUUCCCUGGACAUACUCGGCCUCUCUACCGAUUGUACAUACAAAGCACAAGACCUCUGGGGCGGCUCUACUCAGACCAUCAAGGAUGCGAUACGUAUUAAGUUGAACACACAUGCGACCGCCGUGUAUAAAAUAGACACCGAUGAGAAGUGCUCUCAAGUCAUACCCACCGGCCUUAUCUUUAACACGGCCUCCGGAAAGUGUCUUACAGGAACCUCAUCCUCUGUGGGAUCUGAAUCUUGCAACGGGAGCAAAUCCCAGAUAUGGCAGAUCGACGCAUCGGGGGUGAUUCGCACGUUGUCUGAACAGUCAAAGUGUCUAACAGCAGACGGGAAAGCCAUUUCGCUGCAGGAAUGUAGCGAGAAUAAUGGCCAGAAAUGGUCGUAUGCAAUCACGGGCAAUCUAAAGAAUGCUGAUACUGGCUAUUGUCUGACGAACGGCGGAGGUGUUUCUGCUUGCGGCUUUGAAACCAAUAGCCAGGUGUUUGGGUUACCCGCUGGUGUCCAUGUCGCAUUGUAA